GAGAUAUGAGAAAGUGAACCGCGGAUCUGUCAGUGGGUCCAGUGAGGCAAGCAUGGAUAGCGAGUUCGAUCCGAGAUUGUUCAAGAAGUUCUUACGAGACAUAAACACCACCAUUGUGAGCACGAACCCCAAAACUGGCAAGAAGGAAUACACCUGUCCCCAUAGCUUGUGUGGGAAGGUUUAUAUGCACCAGGGAUCUCUGUUGAGACACCUCAAAUUUGAAUGUGGGCAGCUGCCAAAGUUCCAGUGCUCACACUGUUCAUACAGAACUAACCGCAAGGACAACAUCAAGAGCCACAUCCUUUGGAAACACGAUCCCAGCAAGAGGAUUCAAUGUGUGUUCUGCUUGAAGGUAUUUGUCCGCAAAUGUCGAUUGUUGGAACAUUAUGAUCUUUGCCAUCCUGAAGAAAAAGUUAACUUUCCUGCUCCUGAACAAUCCCUCUCAGUUUCUUCUUUACCUAUGGAUAUGGGAGAAUACGACCCAGAUGAUCCUGAAUAUACUUCCGAUGACACUUCAACUCCCAAAAAAUCUCGAGGUAGAAAACCUAAAUCACAGCAAAUGCCAAAUAUGACUAUCCCUCAAGUUCACUACAAUAUGUCUAAAAUAUCUCAAACUGUGAGAUCCACAAAGGGCAUUAAGAACUCUGAAACUUUGGCAAAGCCCACUGAAGACUUUUCAAAGCCAUCGUUCCCUGGUGAUAUAGAGAUGGUCACUGUAAAAGAGGAGCCAAGCGAUACCCUUGAGAGCUCUGAAAUAUUGAGAGCACCUACUGGCUUUGUAAGCUCUGAAACCUUUAGAAAAACCACUGAAGACCCAGGAGAAGGACCAUCCUUCCCUGGGUAUCUUAUAAGGGCAGUUAAAGUGAAGGAAUUUGCACUCGGCCAAACAUCAACUCCCAAAAAAUCGCGUGGUAGGAAAUCUAAACCUCAGAAAAUGCCAAGUGCGACCAUCUCUCAAGCUCCAUGCAAUAAGCCAAAAAAAUCUGAAAUCGUGAGAUCCACAAAGGGCAACUCUGAAACUUUGGCAAAGCCCACUGAAGACUUUUCAAAGCCAUCGUUCUCUGGUAAUGAUAUAGAGACGGUCACAAUUAAGCAGGAGCCAAGUGAUACUCUUGAAAGCUCAGAAAUAUUGACCACACCUACUGGCUUUGAAAACUCUGAAACCUUUAGAAAAACCACUGAAGACCUAGGAGAAGGGCCGCCCUUCCCUGGGAAUGCUAUAGAGACGGUUACAGUGAAGGAAGAAUAUGUAGAUCCUGAUUACUCCAUUGAGGAGUCAAACGCUGGAAGAGAUCCAUUCCAAACAACGCCAGCGUCUACAGCAGAUGGUGGUGUUAUUGGAGAUUAUGCAACAUUGUUAUCUGGAUUGAUGCCAAAAGAUUAGAGUGUAUAGGAACCUCUAAUCAGGCAUUUUGACUUAGAGGCACCAUAUUUCAGUUUUA